GGUUUUGCACUGGCUCAGUAUGAGGAAUUUACUGAAGAGUUUGGUUCUAGCAUCUAUACUUCUUUCCCUCUAUGUCACCCGCGCUGCGCCUCCCGGGUUUCCAUCGUCAGGAAAUGGCCUAUGGUACGAUGCUCCUGGUCAGAUCUGGACUCAACAUUAUCUUCCACUCGGUAAUGGUUUCCUUGCCGCGAUGACACCCGGGGGCACGUUGCAAGAGUCAACGCAGCUGAACAUUGAAAGCCUGUGGUCUGGGGGUCCUUUCGCCGAUCCCGCCUAUAACGGCGGAAAUAAACAGCCUGACGAACAAGCUGCCAUGGCGCAAGCGAUGCAGAGUAUACGGCAGUCAAUUUUCAAUAGUUCGACUGGUAUUACCGAUAAUGUUGAUGUCUUGAUGACUCCAAUUGAUGCCUAUGGAUCUUAUUCAGGCGCGGGCUUUCUAGUCUCAACACUUCAGAAUUCAUCGUUAUCUAACAUCUCGGAUUUCGGGAGAUUUCUGGAUCUGGACUCAGGUUUAACGAAGACCAUCUGGAAUGAGGACAACGCUCAAUUUUCACGUGAGACGUUUUGCUCCCAUCCCACCCAAGCAUGUGUACAAAACACAUCAACUGCUGCCUCUUCCGGCUUCACGCAGACAUAUGCUCUUGCCGCGGCAUCUGGCCUUCCUGCCCCAAAUGUCACCUGCACUGAUAAUGCGACACUCCGGCUCAACGGCCUAGUUGCCGAACCAGGAAUGGCUUAUGAACUCCUAGCGACUGUCGCCGUUCCACCAGGGGGGACACUCAAAUGUACUGUUGUCCCAAACAUGGAUACCACAGACAAUGUCGUGAAUGCAACUAUCACUGUCUCUAACGUGACUUCUGCAUCCGUUGUAUGGGUCGGUGGAACGAACUAUGAUAUAAAUGCAGGGGAUGCAGUUCAUAACUUUUCAUUCCGAGGUCCCGACCCGCAUGAUGACCUCGUACCUCUGCUCUCUAGUGCUUCCAAGAAAUCGUACUCGGAGCUUCUCUCUGAUCAUGUUGCGGACUAUGAAGCAACCUUACACGCAUUCUCUCUCGAUCUUGGUCAAAAAGCUGACUUAGAUACAUCGACAGACAAGCUGAUUAACGCUUACACGGUUGAUAAGGGAGACGUAUAUGUCGAAUGGCUGCUGUUCAACUAUGGUCGUCAUCUCUUAGCAAGUUCUUCGCGCGGAAUAUUACCUGCAAACUUGCAAGGGAAAUGGGCUGUUGAUGCAUUUCCUGCAUGGGGGGCGGACUAUCACUUGGACAUAAAUGUGGAAAUGAACUACUGGCUCGCCGAGAUGACGAAUUUAGAUGUCUCGAAGCCUCUUUUUAACUACAUAGCGAAAACUUAUGCACCACGCGGAGCCUACACAGCGCAAGUCCUUUACAAUAUCACUCAAGGAUGGGUGGUACAUACCGAGGUAAUGUUUAAGAUCUUUGGAUAUACUGGCAUGAAGGUGGGAGAGGCGGAGUGGUACGAUUACCCAGAACCAAACGCGUGGCUGAUGUUGAAUGUCUGGGACCACUUUGAUUACACGAAUGACGUGGCGUGGUGGAAGGCGCAGGGAUAUCCACUUUUGAAGGGCGUAGCCCUCUUCCACCUUGAAAAGCUUAUACCAGACGAACACUUCUUGGACGGCACGCUCGUAGUUGCCCCGUGCAACUCACCCGAGCAAGCCCCGAUUACAUUGGCCUGCGCACACUCUCAGCAGCUCAUCUGGCAGCUUUUGAAUGCAAUAGAGAAAGGCGCAGCAGCUGCAGGCGAGACAGAUGAAUCCUUCCUCAAUGAUGUCAGAGCCAAGAUAGCUCAAAUGGACAAGGGCAUCCAUAUUGGCUCGUGGGGACAGCUGCAAGAAUGGAAGGUCGACAUGGAUUCACCAACGGAUACACACCGUCAUUUAUCGCAUCUUGUUGGCUUGUACCCAGGCUAUGCUGUUUCAAACUACAAUCCCGACGUACAGAAGUUGAACUAUUCGGUGAACGAUGUCCGUGACGCGGCUCGAACAAGCCUCAUCCAUCGUGGCAACGGUACUGGCCCAGAUGCCGAUGCGGGAUGGGAGAAAGUAUGGCGUGCGGCUUGUUGGGCCCAGUUCGCGGACUCUGAUAUGUUCUACCAUGAGCUAACCUACGCGGUGGACCGAAACUUCGCCGAGAAUCUGUUCAGCAUUUACGAUCCGGCCGAUCCGAACCCGGUCUUCCAGAUCGAUGCAAACUUUGGAUAUACCGCUGCAGCGAUGAACGCAUUGCUUCAAGCUCCUGAUGUUGCAAGCCUUGAUAUUCCGUUAACAGUCACUAUCCUUCCCGCCCUUCCAUCCGCAUGGUCUACAGGGUCGAUCUUGGGCGCACGAGUACGCGGUGGUAUCAUGCUUGAUAUGUCUUGGGAAGACAUGAAGCCUACGAAGGUGGUGCUUACUGUUGAUAAGGGCGCCCCUUCGAGACCCGUCAGGCUAGUUUACGCUGGGCAGGAGAAGAUCAGUUUCAACACCACAAGCGGCGGGGCAACACAUACAAUCACUAACUUCUAGCUGUGCACUAUAUGCAGUACAAACAGCAAUGGAACGGGAAGCGUUUCUCCUUUUUAGUAGAUGCACCUGGUCU